CGAAGCUAUACCAUAACCCCCACCUUCCAACCUCCUUCUUACUCCUCUUCUUCUCCUAGACUUCUUCGCUUUAUGUCAACGCUUGUGGUCAUCUCUUUGCGGUCGUUGCCAAGCAAGAUUGUACCGUUGCCAAGCUCGCAUUGUCCGUUUUGAGGGUCAAUCCUCCAUGUCAAUCAGAUGUCCGGCGCGGAAAUCAUUGGCGUUAUUGCAGGCGCCAUUGGCAUAUUGACAGCCGCCCGCGACGCAUACGACUCUAUUCAGGAUAUCCGUGGCCUCCCCGAGACCUUCCGUCAGAUUCCGCCCAAGGUUGACCUCGCGGUCGCUACCCUUGAUCAAAUCCAUCGGAGCGGCUGCUCCGGCUCCGGUGCCGAGCUCAAUACUGUCGCCACCCUCGCCAACCAAUGCUCCAAAAACGCGGACAGGCUCGGUCUUGUCCUGCGGAAACUGAACCUCGACGAGUCGACCCCCUUCCCUGAGCGAUACGUCUCCAUCAUCCAAGGCUGGGGCAAAAAGGGCCGAGUCGAGGACCUCUUGAAGAACAUCAUGGAGGAUGUCAUGCUGCUGGCCAACCACCAGAUGGUUGCCGCCACCAGCCAGGGGCAGAUUCGCAAGCUGGAGCAGGCUGUUGAAGAUCUGGACAAAGUCGAUCCAUCAGUACCAGAUCACAUGCUGGAGGGAAGGACGGAUGUCUACGUCGGGGGUACCGGGGCGCAGAACAACCAGAUCCACCACACCACCAACACAUACUCCGGCUCCACAACAGAGGAAACUCUAGAUAGCCGAUGCCGUGCCGCUCUGAGGUCCCGGUCGACAGAUCCAAGGCACGAUAAAGCCCGAAUCGAGAAAAACAAAGAUGGCGUUCUGGACAGCGCCUUCCAAUGGGUUCUUCAUAACCCGGAAUUCCAGCGGUGGCGUUCAGAGCUGGACAUGCGCUUGCUCUGGGUUAAAGGGGAUCCUGGAAAAGGCAAGACAAUGCUGCUCUGCGGCAUCAUCAACGAGCUGGAGGGGACUAGAGACAGCCGCCCACUUGCCUACUUCUUCUGCCAGGCAGCGGACCCACGCAUCAACACCGGAACAGCAGUCCUGCUCGGCCUCAUGUACUUUUUGGUCGAUGUUCGCCGCGGCCUUCUCAAGUAUCUCCGACGCAGCUACGAUGACGCCAAGGAGGCUCUCUUCCAGGGCCCCAAUCUCUGGAUUGCGCUUGAAGGGGUUCUUUUUGAGAUGCUCCAGGAUCCAGCACUGGAAGACGCACUUAUUAUUAUCGACGCCCUCGAUGAGUGCCAAACGGAGCGCCAUCCUCUGCUGGACUUCAUAUCCAAAGCAACAGUCACCUGCCCCCGGGUCAAGUGGAUCGUUUCCAGCCGCAACUGGCCAGAUAUAGAGGAGCGUUUGCGGCCCGCAGAACAGGCCACCAGGCUUUCGCUCGAGAUCAACGAGGACGCCGUUUCUGCAGCAGUCAACGCCUUCAUCCAUCACAGGGUAGAGGAUUUGGCUAAGUCCAAGGGCUUGGACGACGGAACUUCUGCCGAAAUCGAGAAUUACCUUUCUUCCAAUGCCCACGGCACAUUUCUCUGGGUGGCCUUGGUGUGCCAGGCACUGUCCAGCAUCGACUUCCCUGAUCUCAUCAAGGAACACCUGACAUGCUUUCCUCCGGGGCUUGAAGGUCUCUAUCACCGGAUGCUGGAACAGAUCUCGAGCUCGACAGAGGCUAGUAUGUACCGGGACCUCCUAGCCCUAAAUCUGGUGGCCUACAGACCCUUGUCUGUCCACGAACUAUCAUCAGUCGCACCAAAGAUCUGGACGAUAGCUAGUGAUGCGGGAGGACUAGCGAAGAUGCUUCAACUCUGUGGUUCGCUCCUCAUGAUCAGAGACAAUGCCAUUUUCUGGGUGCAUCAAUCUGCCCGGGACUAUCUCCUCAAGCACCCUGACUUCUCCACUCCAUCAUCGGUGGAGCAGGCACAUCGCCGCAUCUAUCAGUCAUCACUCGGGGCCAUGUCAACAACCCUAAAGCGCGACAUCUAUGGCAUGAUCCAACAACACGGACGCCUAGCAUACGGCCUCUCUGUUGACCGUCUCGAGCAGCAACGCCCCAAGCCUGACCCUCUGGCUGGUGUGGGCUAUUCUUGCAUUUAUUGGGCCGAUCAUCUUCGGGACUCUCGAUCAACUGCGAACUUUGAUGAUCGCGGAGAUGGUUGUCACUUGCGGCAAUUCCUCGAGACCCAUUUCAUGCAUUGGCUCGAGGCGCUAAGUCUCUUGAGGAGCAUUCACAAGGGAGUUCUCUCCAUGAAUUCUUUGACGAAACUUGCUCAGGGCAAACGAAUGACUGCCUCGCCAGAUGUCCCCUCUCAGCGCAAGAGCGUUACUGCUGUUCUUGAUAAGGCUCGCUCUAGAGUACUGAGCUACAUUACACCCACCACUUUACGAGAACAGCCCACCACUUCACGAGAACAGCCCACACUCGCCGACCUUAUUCGUGACAUGUGGCGAUUUCUCCUCACAUUCAAGUUGCCACUCGAGCAGUGCCCACUGCAAGGCUACAUCUCAGGACCUGUCUUGAGCCCCACAGAAAGCAUUACCAGAUCCCUCUUUCUCAAAGACCGCCCGAGCUGGCUUACGGAGAAGUUGGCCUUGCGGAAAACCUGGAACAACUGCCUGCAGACACUGGAAGGCCAACGUGGAAAGCUCCAACUCGUAACAUUCUCGUCAGAUGGCCAGCGACUAGCAUCCGCGGCAUUCUCGUCCGUGGCAUUCCCAUCCGCAACAUUCUCAUCCGCGACAUUCUCAUCCGGCAACAUCAACGUAUGGGACGUGGCUUCCGGCAAAAAACUCAUCACCCUAGACUUGGACAACAAUGAGAAUUAUCCCCCUGCAGUGGCCUUCUCCCCAGACGGCUGUUGCCUUGCAGCAACGUAUUACAGCCCAAUCACAGUUUGGGAUAUUAUCACUGGCAAAACGCUGCUGGAGCUGAACGAUGGUUUGGGCGACUUGUCACGCGAUGAAUUGGCCCGGUUGCGUUCAUUUGAGAGACCAGUCAUAUUUUCUACGAACGGCCGCAAUCUUCUAUCGGUCUCAGUAAGGGGGGAGGUUAAAACCUGGGCCCUUGCUACGGGUGAGGAGAUUGGAAUGUUUACGUGCAGCGAGAACGAACUGAUCAGGUCAGCCGUCUUUUCUCAUGAUGGCUCUUGGCUCGCCACGGGACUUAUUGGUGGUCAAUUCUGCGUGUGGGAUGUUGUCGAAGGGUCCAAGAUCAAAAGCAUUUCAUGCAGAGAACUGGGCAUUUCACACGUACUGGGCUUGAGUUUCUCUCAUGAUCGCAAGCAUCUUGUUGUCGCAGGGGGGAGAAAAGCCUUCGUCUACAGCUUCACCACAGAGAAGCUAAAGCACUUCCGCCUGCGGUCAUUCACUUUCAGCCCGCGUGAGCUUGCAUUGUCACCGUGUGGCUUGCGGCUGGCUAUGACGGUGCCUGGUUACAACAUUUCCAUAUACAGGCUUGACAAGAACACACACGAACUACUUACCCCUCACGCGGAGUUGCAUGGCUUAUCUUCAGUUGUCUUCUCGCCAGAUGGCCGUCAGCUGGCCACAGGACAAAUGGGAUGUGUUCGCCUGUGGGAUACGCCAACCGAUUACUCCCAAGCCGAAGCCAUACCGACCCCCGCAAUCUAUGGCAUCACGUUCUCGAACAAUCUCCCACGGGCAGCUACUAUCGGCGAACGAGGACGAAGCAUCACUGUUCACGAUCUGCAUCUCGGUACAGCAUCCAAGAUUCGGUGCAAAUCCACCAAUGAGGUGUCACUAUCCUCAGAUGGGCAGAUGAUGGCGAUAGCACACAAAACGCACACUACCAUCUGGAGCCAAGAGAAUGGGCGAUGGGUAGCCCAGAGAACAUACCGGUUUCCCACUGGAUUGGACCUCAUAAUUACAUUUUCGCCAGAUACACGACAGCUUGCACAUCUUACUACUUAUAUCAGCAACAUGUCACGCCACGUUCUGCGACUACUGAAUGUGGAAACGGGCCAAUGCGAUAAGAUCUCUGAAAAUGUCGAGAUACAUGGCCACAAGGCUGUUGUAUUUACUGAAAACAGCCGGAAAGUCGCAGUUAUCGAACGAAAUGAUGACGGAGCUACCCGCAUAAGACUGUGGGAUCCACUGACGGGUGGUCUUUUGAUUGAGGAAAGGCCAGCACCUGCGGACAUUGGAAUACAUCGGGUGUCCACAUUAGCUGAACGUGGGGGGAAGUUCACCAUGCAGGGGGGGCCGAAGGGUGCGUACGACAUCAGCGAGGACGGAUGCUGGAUCACUAUGGGAGGGGCCAGACUGCUUUGGCUCCCUCCCUGCCAAGAGCAGGACUCGUUUUACAGCGGCCUCAUAUUCUCGCCGGCUAAUCCCAGCCCCAACACAAACUGCUAUUGCUCAAGACGUGUGCAGUUUACAUCCAUCGCCCAAUCCGCGCCAAGGGCUGGCGGCCCUCAGAAGGCGUCCCCGGCGAGCUCCAGUCCCACCGAGGGUGACUUUUAUGGGCGGCAAGUCAUAGGAAAGGGAUUAUUAAUCGGCGCUGCCUAUUCUGACUGGGCCCGCCAGCACGGUAUCGGGAGUUCGGCUAGGAUUCCCUGGCCUCCUCCAGCCACAAGCGCUGUUACCCAGGAGCCUAAAGCGUCAUCAUGGCCCGAGUAUCACUUCAUCCCCGACGCCGAAUCGCUCUAUCGCUAUGCUCCUGGGGGCUACCACCCGGUCUUUAUAGGGGACAUCCUGGGGUCAAGAUAUCUCGUUGUCCAUAAGCUGGGCUAUGGGGGCUUUUCCACCUUUUGGCUUUGCAGAAACGAGGAAUUGCAGACUUAUGUUGCCCUGAAAAUCGGUACCGCCGACUCCGACUCUAUUGAUUACAACAUGCUGGACUUUAAAAUCAUCCGUCCUCGAGGAAUGACGAGCCGGGCCGGGCCAUGA